AGCGAAGAAGAAGAAACCACUAGGACAGUGGAGGGUGGAGGAAAAAAAAAAGCGGAGCAACUACUCCUGUUUACAACCACAUAAUGGAGUCCAAAUGGCCAGAUACGAUUCGCAAGCGUAUAUUAUUUACUGGAUUUACGCUUUGUGUUGUUUUGGUCACAAGACCCACGUCUGCGAUCGAGAUACACGCUGAUCCUGAGGUGAUAGUACAGAACGGUACCACGGGGAUUCUUCGAUGCUCCUUUAAGUCCAGCGAAGUGGUCAGCUCGGCCACCACGGUGACCUGGAACUUUCAGUCGAGUCAUCCCGACAGUCAUUUCUACAAAUCUCCAUACGUGAUUUUCUACUUUACUAGUGGGAGAGGAUUCCCAGGGUCAGACGAGUUCAAAGACCGCGUGCAGUUUAUCGGGGACAUCAACAAGAGGGACGUCUCGAUACAGCUGAGCCCGACUUAUUUCAGCGACAACGGCACGUUUUUCUGUGACGUGAAGAACCCCCCAGAUGUGACGGGGACGCAGGCUCGAACCGAGCUCAGGGUCGUGCUGAAAGAGUCUUAUUCGCAGAACAACACUACGUUUAUAGUUGCAGGAGUUUGUGGUGCUUUAUUGGUGCUUGUGCUGAUUGCUGUGGCGGCCUGCAUUGUCAUGAGGGUACUUCACAACCGCCAUGAUUACGAAGGCUGUACGUCCUUGGAAAGCGUGAACUCUCAGGCUCCGCAGCCUCGAAAGAAGGUGGAGUCCAGAGUGGAGGGCUCCAGAUCUACCAGUCCCUCGGGUCCGCUACAGGGCCCGGUGAUAUACGCCCAGUUGGAUCACUCAGGCAGCAAAAACUCCUUCCAUAAGAUGGAGCCCGUGGUCUAUGCUGACAUUCGUAAAAACUGAAGAGGAACCGGGGACCAAAUAAAGAAAAAAAAGUAAACAAAAAUCCAGUAAAAUAUGAGACCUCUCUAUCAGCUGCUCUUGGGAAGGGUGGGGAUAUCUCAACAGGGACACAAGUGGUGCAGUUUCUCUCUCUCUCUCUCUCUCUCUCUCUCUCUCUCUAUUUCUCUCUCUUUAAAAUUUUGUCCUCUGAAAGCAUGAUGAUAUUAUACGAUAAAGUAAUGUCUCCAUGUGCUUUGUUGUAAAAACAAAAGAAAAAAAAAGCUAUGAAAACACUCCAAGUCGAUGUUCCACCACUCCGUUACAUCAAAACUGUUCUCCAAAAAAAACCAGGGGCACACAUAAAAACGAGAAAGCCUUCGGUUAUCAUUCCAAGUAUUAUUUGUUUGUUUUGUUUUUGUUCUUCUAGCUUUGUGCCCCUCGUCCCCCAUUAAAGGUUUAGCAGGCUGUUGCACCAACUCAACAGUCCUACUUAAGAUGCUCACACCUGAACCGAGUGAGCCCCGUUUAAUAAAACGAAGCGAAACAAAAAACAUUGGUGCGUUAAACUGUUUCUUCCAGAGAGAAGAUGACGUUAUGAAGCAGAUAUUUGAACGAUACUCUCACUGUUUGUCUUACAUCGCCUUAUUGAUCAUGUUCAUUGAUCACUUCUGCCGAAACUUUGGUGCUUUUUAUUGGCCGGUGAGACUGGUCUGAAACUGUACAAACAGCAACAUCAGUAAAGAUCAAAGAAAAUCUACCAACGUCAAAACCUCAAGUUACAUCUUUUUGUUAGAAACAGCAGACUGUAGUCGUCACAAAGUCGCACCUGUGCUCUCGUCUGAUCCAAACUGUGCCGCAUUUAGAUCAAUGUAAAGAGAUGUAGUGUGGUCCAAUGUGUGCUCACAGUGUUAAAAGUCCCAUUAAUGAGCCGGGCAGACGCUCCACCUUUUUAUCCUCCUUUGUUUACGGGCUUCUGAUCUCUGCGCGUCUCUGUCAUCCUGAAAACCCGAUUGGUUCAUCAACAAGUCAGAGUUCAGACUGCGCAAGUUUUGCCUGUUCUGAUGGGUCACUGUGUCACAUUACAUGAUUAUAGAGUCAUAAAAUCUUUCUACACCUGAGACGAUGAUGGCACUGAGAAGGAGGUGCUUGUAAUUUCCAGGAAAAGAAAAAAGGAAACACGUGGAGUCAACUGAAGUGGUGUGUAUAACACACUAUGACUCACUCCUUCAGAUAAAAUUUAAUUUCUGUUCACAGAGAACAGCUUGUGCAGUGCUUUUGGACAAAUUUCAUACUUUUUUAAACUCCCGUCUAAACGAGGAAAGAACCCCUACAUUCAGUGAUCACUGGAAUAUUAAAAAGAACGUAAUUUGUAGAAUUAAAGCACAAAAAAAAAUUUGCAUCUUUACAAAAUGUGAAACUUAAAGCUGCUCAGUCCUGAUAGCUAACACAAUGAUCAUACCAGAGGAACAAAAAAGAAAGUACAUGUCUCCCAGCAUAGUGCUGGUAAUACACAGCGUCAGAUUUUGUCAGUUAUGCCACACUGCAUGAGAUAAAAUGACCAAAGUUUGUGCAAUGUGUCAUCUCAGAUUAGAAAGUAAUUAGGGGUAAUAUGUGUUGUCUGAACUCAAACCCAGUCAAAUGAAAAAGGAAAAACACUACUUUGAGUAAAAGGAUUAAAUCUUUAACAGCAGAAAAUUAACUUCUGACUGAAACGGCAACAUUUUUUUCUCCUGGUGGAAGUUUAGACGUACUGUGAGUGAGCGGUGACCCUUAAAGCGGACUCGACCUGUACUGUAACUUCUGUCUGUCUGCCUUCAUAUCUCAUCGACUUCGCUAACAGCUGGUGCAACAGUCUGCCGAAGCCACGGCUCCCUCUCCAUCGUCUGGCUUUUCCAUAGUGAUGUUGUUCUGUAGAGGCGAGUGAUGUAGAUUUUUUUUUUGUUGUUGUUGUUGUUUUGUUUUUUACACCGCCUUCUGUAACUUUGCAUGCAGAUAUAAUGACAUCUAAAGAAUAACUUUGGUACUGCUCGGCUGAUUUAUUUAAUUUUUAAGAGCAGAAGCAGCCGUCUGACGUUGGUGUUACUGUGAAUGCUUCACUUCUCUGUAAACUCCCGGCAUGUCGUUGUGGUACCGGUAAAGACGCCGCAUUUAGAUUUUCACCUCAGUGGAAAAUUCCGUACGUUUAAGUUUCAGUUGCUGUCACUUAUUUUUAUUUUUCAUUGUCCCAGUUGUGUACAGAUAAACACAUGGACAAUGCAACCCAGGUAGAUUUAUGUGAUUUCUUUGUUUUUAUUAAAGAGCCAUGGGCAGUUUAUUUCUUUAUGUUGAAAUAUGCAUGUUAGGUUCAAUUGAGGUGAAAGAUCUCCUUCCUAUGAAAACUGGGAGAUGUUAUUUUGUGGAACAAUACACAGAUUUGCAUGCAAUUUACUAACAUAACACGCAUUAUUAUGAGACUAUCCGUCCUCUUUUUCUUAUUUAUGCAUAAUAUAAAGCUCUUUGUUUGUCAAACUAAUGGGCCAAAUAUCUAAUGCCAACACUUUCCGAUUUCAGAUGCUUUAAAUACAUUCCAAAACUUUUGUUUUCUUCCAAAAAGCCAAAUUUAUGUUGUAAUUUCUUUGGUUUUUGUUAACGCGAAUAUUUGUGUUGCCAUCUUGAUUCCUUCAGCUUCGUCUUGUGAUUCCAAAUGCAGUAAAACUCCAUGCUGACCAGUGUUUGUAUAUAUUUCUUGCUCCUCGUGUAAGAUAUAGUGCUGUUAUACUGUAACUCAUUCCAGUGUGGUAUGGCUGUGGAUGUCUUUCCUGAGAAUGGAAGCGGUUUGCUCGAGAAAGUUGGUGGCAUGCUUUGUUUUUCUUACUUAAGUCUUAAUUAUUUGUCACCAGACACUCUGACAUGUGCAUAGAGCGCCUGCAAGAAGUGUCGCAACACCAGCCGGUUUAAAGGGCUCCGGCUUAAGUUUCUUCAGCCAACAGUCUGAGCAGAAAACACUAAUAAAUGUGGCUUGAUUAAAAAAGCCUUUAAGUCCAUGUUUGUUUGGUGCAGAGGUAUCCUGCAGAAUAAUUUGGGUAGGCUUCACAUUUUCUCUUAAAGCCUAAAUCCUUCAAGCCUCCUUUAGAUGUUGAGAUCCAGAGGAAUUAUUCAAGUACGAUACUUUUCAUUUUAUACUGAUGAAGGGUCUGUAUCUCCUUUAUCUGUCUUUUUGCAAAGCCAGAAAUUUAUCAGCAAGGCUGUAAAGCUCAUCAAACGCCUGAAACUAAAAUGUGUAACUGGAACCCAACUUUAUUGACCGGCUGCGGCCAGUAAAUAAAGUUGAUUUAUUGGAAAUGGAGAGGAAAUGUUUCCUGUCAGUGUAACCGUCAUUUAAUCAGGGUAAAGGCGGCGCUUUGAUGUAGAAAAUAAGAGGCUCUGCAGAAACGUGGACCUGCGAGGAAGGCUGCCAGUACUGACGAUGAUUAAUCACAUAGAACCUGACUUGUAAAAAUUUAUAUUCCCCAACUGGUUGGAGAGUGGUUGCCAGGUGCUGCACCACAGCUGAUUGCUUUGGUUGCUAUUAGAUUGCAUGGAAGACACCAACUUGCCUGUAAUGCUCACUAAGUAUUAGUGCAACUGGUGUUUGGUCUUCAAAGUAAAAGUUGUGCUUUACUUUUGAAAAGUAAGGCACAACUUUUACUUUGAAGGUGAGCCUUCUCCGUUUCCAGUUUCCGUUGCGCUCGUCAGCUUCUGCACCACUUGGCGCGUACUUGACGAGCAUGUGGAGACAGUUUGGUGUUUUCUGUGCAGGCUACCGUUGACCACAGCAACCUGUGAGGUUUUUGGUGCAGCAACCAUGUGGCUUUCUGCCACCACCCACAGCCAAUGAACAGCCAGUUGGAGAUUACCUAUUUUUCCCUAUUGACCAGCGAUUACCAGGGGGUUACUGACCGGUUGUCGGCUUGUCUGCCCUUUGGAAUGUGAUAAAUAAUUUUAAAAGGCUGUUGAAAAUGUACAUGCUGUAAUUGUGUGGACUGGAUUUAACUUCAUCUGUUAGAUUUGUGACUAAUUGUGAUUGUUUUCUUUGACUUUUUAAAACUAGUGAAGUAGUCUGGUUAGUUACCGGGGAAACCCCCGGGUAAAAACAGCCUAACGCAGGCCGACAUCCAAGCCUGUCUUUUCAGGACAGAUUUGACAACUGUGGUGAAAGAGGGUUUCCACAAGGAAGGAAGUGUUUGUUAGACCUCUUCAGAUGUUUCCGUGUCUGCGCUGACACAUAAAAGGGAAAUUACUCACACGUUUUGUAUAUUUAUCCCAAAUUUGUGAAAUCCUCUGACACAGCAGUAAAACUUAAUGGGUCAUAACCAACUUCAGGCUGAAGAAAUCCAGGCUUUGCCCGCUUUGACCCGACUGUGGUUGUGACAUCACAGCCCACAAGCACCGCGAUGUCUUCCAUCUUUUCCUCUCUGUUUCCUUUUUUUUUGUUUUUGGGUUGUGUUUUAAAAACACUCUUGUUUGCAGCAUGCAUUUCAAACCAAAACGAAACAUCCGUGUACAAACCGUCAGCUGCUGGUCGCUUUGCUCCUAAUUGUGACUCGUUGCAGUGUUUAGUGCCGUUGUAGAAAUCGUGAUGUAAACUAUAAAUUAUGAAAGAUUUCCGAUGUGACGGAGCUCGCGCGGUGGCGGCGUUUGGUGUUCUGAUUGGACGCGGGUCUUAAAGUGCGUGCUCGGUGUUUAUCGAUGGUAAAUAGUUGUGUGUUAUUUGAGAAUCGUUUGGUAUGUUAUGUUGUAAAAUCUGCACUAUGUCUGGCAUAACAAAGACAACAAAAUGCCCUGUGAUUAUUAUUAUUAUUGUUAUUUUCAUUCGUCUCUGAAUGACUUUGGCCUCUUUUUGUUUACCGUCUUUAAAACUGGAAUGUUGUACAUUUAGUGCCUUUUACAUUUCAUCAGCUAACUUGAACAUCUGCUCAAAAUAGAAAUAAGAUUCAUUUAUUUUCCUUUUAUUGUAUGUAUUUUUUUAUACACAUAAUAUCACCUCUGUAUCCACUGUUCAAAUUUUAUAUAAAACUUAUUCCUGGCCAACUA